CUUAGGCUGGCCUUUGUUUCUGCAACCUCUGCACAGUUCCUCCUCUGUGACCUGAGGCUGUUUCCACUCAUGUUUUGAACUGGACCGCUCCACAUGCAGUUUUACUUUACAGAAUGAAGGCAUUAAUUGUAUUAUUGUUCUCUUUCCAGUUUAUCCCCCACUGCAGUGAAGCAGCAUUACAAAAUGUUGCUUGUGACAACAAGGAAGUAUUUGAUGCUGUAGACCAGGCAAUACAACAACUCAAUGAAGAGAAGACGACUGGGAAUAAGUUCAUACUCCACAGAAUUCUGGAUGCUUAUAUAAACCUUAAAAAUGAAACUGGAACACAAUAUCUUGUAAAGUUUGAAAUUCAAGAAGGCAACUGUUCUGUGGGAAGUAAGAUAGCCUGGACCAGCUGCAACAUUUACAUAUCAGAACUCAUUGUAAAUGGUAUUUGUGCUUCUGAGGUUUUCCUUGACAAUACUGUAAGGUCAAAGCAUGUUGUUACACAGACCUGCACAACAAAACAAGUGGGCCCCUGCCAUGGCUGCCCCAUAUCAGUGGACAACAAUAACCCCAUUUUAGAAGAACCACUUCGUAUUGCCAUAAAUGCGUUUAACAGUAACAGCAGUUCUCCCUUCCUAUAUGGAGUUGUGCAAAUUAAAACGGCUACUUCACAGGUGACAGCUGGACUCAACUACAAAAUAGAAUUAACAAUGCAGGAAACAAACUGUACCAAAGCCACCAUGGAGACAUGGACUAAAGACUGUCCCUUUAAGGAGUAUGCACCAAUGCUGCACUGCAAAACUUCAGUUUUCAUUGUGUCUUAUGAGAACAGGACAGAAGUGGACAUAUCUUGCAAGAAGACUCUUGUGACUUUUAUCUCAGGUUUAACGCCUUUCCGAAGCUCACCAUUACAUGAUCCACUAAUGGAGAGACAGGCUGAACAUCUGCUGACUGCAUCAGGAAAACAUAGUAAUCAUCAUAGUUAUGGUCAUAGUGUGUUACCACGUGACAGCAGACAUAGCAGUGACCAGAGCAAGCACAAGCCAAAGGACAGACCUGAACAGAAGCCCCCUAGGUAUAAUCACCACAACCAAGAAUCAGCAGAAGAGAAACAUACAUCAGUGCAUGGACAACACCUACCACAUCCUCCAACUCUUAAACCUAACCUCCAUCAUGUUCAGCUCAAAUCAAAAUUAGUGUUAGGAACACCAGAACCACCACUCACUUUUGACCUUCCAGAGGAAACACAAUCUUCUAAUCAUGAAGGUCUUCCACAAUCUCCUCACCAGACAGUAGCAGACUGUCAACAGCCUGCAAAGGAACAACCAUCUAAUAGCAUAAGCACUCCAUCCCUCCCAGAUCUAUCAUUCGAUCUUGCUGAUGCUCUUUCGCCUUUCCCUGAAGAGCAUUUGCCACACAAAGAACAAACACCAGAUACUCCAACCCUUCCAGAUCUAGCAUUUGAUCUUUUUGAUGCUGUUUUACCAUUUCCUGAUGAGCAUUUGCCAGAUAUUCCAGAAGAGUCAUCCUCUCAGAAUUGUCCUGGAAACCCAUGGAUACCUAUGCCAUAACAUUUUCCAGGUGAAACCAAUCCAUCAGAUUGGGAGCCAUAAGAAUGAAAUAAAACUAUACAUUCAGAUAAAUAAACUAAAUAAAAAUGAACCCAAAAACAUAAAACAAGAUUAUAAUGAAUCAGCCCACAUUCAAGACAUAUAUAAUAUAAUAUGGUGUUUAACAGACACAUCAAGCUACAAUAUGUAAUUUACCAAAGGCACAUCAAACCAUACACACUUGCCUGCAUUUUUGAUUUGAUUUAAAAGAAGUUGCAAUGAUACAGUAGUAAAAAUAGUUUAAAAAAAUAUGCUUUGUACAAGUUGCUUGUGCGCCUACAUCUUGUGAUAAACUGUUUUUUUUUUUUUUUGCCUUAUAUGGUUCAUGGGAUAACCUCUGGCCUCCGCAUGCCAUUGAACAGAAUAAAAUGGUAACAGAUAAUGAAUGUUUAAAGAUUAAUAUUAUCCUGAGGAAACAGCACUGGGUUUCCUUGUUGAUUAGGAAUAAAAAAAAAAAAAAAAAAAAAGUAUUUUCCAAAGCUAAGUCUACCAGGAAAACGUCUUUGGUGAAACCCACACCUCAGUCAAUGAGGUGAACCAAAAUUUGAUUCACCUUAAACAGGUGAAACAGUAUUCGUUUUUUGUAAUUAUCAGUGGACAAUUCUUCUUUCCUCAAACAGGUACAGGCUGUAGAUUAUUACUUCUACAGCAGUUUGUCUCUGCACUCACGUCUUCCAUGUUUUAUGCAUCUUUGUCCUCUAAUAUACAGACCACACAUAGACACAAGAUAAAACUUUGUGUCUGGUGACGCCCUUUUUAGGGUGAAAACACUCACUUAUUUAGUAAUAAGGAAACAAUCCAUUCCAGUUUAAGUUGUGUUCCUUUUCUUAGUCUGUUCAGGUCUUUUUUACUGCUUUGUUCACUUUUUUAUUUCAAAGUUAUAUGUGUUUGCAUAAAUAUAAUAUAUAAUGAAAUGUCAUUUAGCACAAUAGUUGAACCUCAUAGUCAACCACAAAUGAUCAACUACAGAAUAGAUAUCUUCCACUCUAAUGCAUGUGUGUCAUAUCACACAUCAAGCACAAAACUAUAUAUUUGAGAUAAGAAAAAUUAAACUAAAUUCCAGCCAAAAACACCAAGCUACAAAAUGACCAGUAUAAACAAAAUGGGUGAAAUCUCCCAUAAGCACUCCAACAAACAAAAGCUAACAAUAACAUAUUUACAUAGGGGAGUCCACUCUCAUACCCCAUCCACAUAGGACUUGUUGAUUGUACAAUAGCAACCAUUAAAAAAUCCCUUAACAAAGCAUUAUCAACCUCAACAUUCCAUAAACCUGCAGAUGUUUAUUUAUAUAUCAACAGAAUAUGAAGUAAGUGAAUAAUCAACUAAAUGUAGCACAAACUACAUACUUUUCCACACACCUAUAAUUUAUACCUUCCUAAUACAGCACUAAGCUUACAAAUUCCCUCACAUGUAAAACCACAUAGACUGAAGAUGUGGGUGUGGCCUAGCCUUCAAAUGAAGGCUCUCGUAUUUGUUUAGAAGCAUAUAUAAUGAAAUGUUAAAGAAAACCCUUUUAAAGUAUUUAGACUAAAAUGCUCAGAAAUGAUUUAACCACAUCAUAUAUCUCUGGUUAUAAAAAUAAAGUUGAUUUCAAAUCAA